GAUGGAAUUAACAAACUAUUUAAUCCAAUAAUCCAUACAAAACAAUUGGACAAUGAAGAUAUUGCAUCCAUCUUUGUCUCAAAACUUCAAGCAAUAACAAACAACAUUUACAAGGAUUACUACAAGAAACCAAAACCUCUUAAACUCACAAAACAAGAACAAGAGGAGUUUGAUAAAGCUGAAUUUUGUCACAUUUGCAAAAAAGAAUUAUACGAUGAUGAUUCAACAGGCAAAAUGCUUAAAGACCGUGACCAUUGUCACUUCACUGGAAAGUAUCGUGGAGCCGCACAUAACUCAUGCAACUUACAAUGUCGGAAACCAAUGAUUCGUCCGGUCAUAUUUCAUAAUCUUCAGGGUUAUGACUCACACCUCUUUAUCAAACAACUUGCAAACUGACAGGUCAAUUAACUUGCAUUCCAUGAACAGGGGAGAAUAUAUUUCUUUUUCCAAGAAAAUAAAAGUUGAUGAGUAUAAAUCUCGAAAAAAUGGUGAAACAGUUUCACUCAAUUUUGAAAUCCGAUUUAUUGACUCGUCCAAGUUUCUUCAAACAUCUUUGGCUAAUCUUGUUUCAAAUCUUCAACCGUCUGAUUUUAAGAAUACAAACGCUAUAAUUAAAAAUAAUGUCGGGCUUCUCACUCAAAAAGGAGUUUAUCCUUACGACUAUGCCAGAAGGAAAUAGAUCACUUGUUUAUAACCCUAGUUCUUCCCAUUCUCACAUAUGGUCUCGCUGUGUAUGGCGCUUCUGAUUCUGAUUUAAAUGUUAUACUGCGUUUUUUAGACAGGUGCCAUAAGCGUCAUUUUAUCUUUCAAACAGUCAGCAUCUUUAAUCUUUUAGAACAGCAAGAUAAAUCCGUUGUCAAAAGAACUAUUAAUAAUCAUAUGCUAGGUGCGAUCAUUCCCAAAGAAAAAGAAUUAGUAUAUAAUUUGCGUAGGAGAAGGUGUCACUUUCCUCAGAUACAAACGGAGAGAUACUUUUGUAAAUAGACUUAUUUUUAAAUAUAAUUUAGUAUAGUGUUGUUCUAUCUUAUAUUACUAUUGUAUUUUAUCGUGUAACUUUUCAUACAUUUUCACUGUAACUUAGGAUAUGUAUUUUUAUCCUUUUAUUGAAUAAAGACUAUUAUUAUUAUUAUUAUUAUUAUUACUAUGUUUCAUCUAUUGAUAAAUUCUCAGAAACACGACUUCCUCCAAAAUUAGAGUUUUAUUCAAGACUAAACGAUGAAGAUAUCUCAGAAGAGGAUUACCAGCACGCACUCAAUGCGUGGAAUACUUUUAAUUGUAAAACUAUUCGUGAUUAUCACGACCUCUGUCUCAAGUCUGAUGUUCUUUUGCUUGCAGAUGUGUUUGAAAACUUUCGAGCAAGUUGUUUAAAGCGUUAUAAUCUUGACCCAGCACAAUACUUUACAUCUCCCGGAUUGGCUUGGGAUGCGUAUCUCAAAGAAACAGGUCAAGAAUUGCAACUACUUCACGAUUACGAUUGAAAAAGGUAUUCGUGGUGGAAUAACUCACAUGUCAGAAAGAUAUGCAGAAGCAAACAACAAAUAUAUAAACGAUUAUAAUCCUGUUUUAUUCAAUGUCUUGACGCUAAUAAUCUUUACGGUUGCGCGAUGUCACAAAGGCCUCCAACUCAUGGGUUUAAAUGGUUGAAAGAUUUAACUGUUGAAUCAGCAAAAGAAAUACUUAAUCAAAGAGUAACAAAUCUCGGUUAUAUAUUUCAAUUUGACCUUGAUUACCCUGAGAAACUAUGGGAAUCACACAAUGACUAUCCUCUUGUUCCAGAAAAACUCAAGAUUGACAACACAGAGAAACUAGUUGGUAAUUUUUAUCCAAAAUCACACUAUGUCUUACACUAUCAAAAUCUCAAGCAAUAUCCCAGUCUUGGAAUGAAACUCACCGCAGAACAAAGAGGAAUCUCAUUUCAACAAUCUCCCUUGAUGAAAUCCUACAUCGCAAACAAUAAAGAACUCAGAAAGUUUUAUUUUUUCAAAUUAAUGAAUAACUCAGUGUUUAGAAAAACAAUUGAAAACAUAAGAAAACGGUAAAAUGUAAUAUUACUCGAUAACAAGAAACCAGCCCUCAAAUUAUCAUCAAAACCUAAUUUUGACCAUGUUUUGACCGUAUUUGACUGAGGUGUAUUUUAACAAACCAAUAUACGUUAGUCAAGCAACUCUUGAUCUAUCAAAAACACUAAUGUUCGAUUUUCAUUAUAAUUUCAUCAGAGAAAAGUAUGGAAAUAAAGCUGAGUUACUCUUUACUGACACCGAUAGUCUCAUGUUCCAAAUUGAAACAGAUGAUUUUUAUAAGUAUAUCAAAAGAUAUUGGAAAAAGAUUUGA